AGCACUUCUAUUCGCCUACAUGUACAGUACAAUAGCAACGUCUUCUGACAUGAGCUCAUGCUUCGAGGUGUACCGCAUACUGCAAUGCUUCCCGCCCGUUUCGUCCGCCACACUACCGCUUCCCCUUCGUACGUAUGCCUUCACUGCCGUCUGCGCACCCAACGCCGCCACCGCCACGGACCCACCGCCUUCGACACCGAGCAUACCAUCGGCCCACACAUAUUUACGGAUCAGAGCAGCUGGAAUGAACUAGAAGAAGUCAGAGCGGGACAGAAAGACCGGUCCGGAGUGGAGGGAGAGAAGGUAUGGGGGCAUAGCGACGGCAGCGUGGACUUUGACGGGCACGUGAUUUCUGCAGCGGAGUCUGGCGGCAGGGAGAAUGGCUCUGAUGCGGGAAGGGGGGUGGGCGACGGCGUUGGCCGGCCGCGGAUCCGGUACCGGUGGGAUAGAGCGCAUACUGCGUUGGAUGCGACCGUCAGAACACAUUCUUCCGAGCACGUGCAUUUGGACUCUGCACGCUCACAGACAAGUGCAAGUCGACAGGCUGGCGACGCUGUUCCAGAGGUUCAGACCGGUAUCCUGCCCGUCGCGAGGAAAAUCAAGAGUCAUCGUCCGGUUAUCAACAUACGCAAGCAAAGGGUCAGGGACCCUCUAGGCCUUGAAUCCGACGCGGAAACGUUGCCUACGGCCAACACGCUCAAUAACCCACAUCAGCGGGUUUUGUAUGUCGGCAGCGACGAGCUGGGCGUCGAGGCGUCGACAAAUGAGGGUGUGACGGUGAAGGUCACCGACGGCGGUGGUAAGCCCAGCAAUGAGUGGGACAGGGUGAAGCUGAUGUCUACCGACGAGGUGGAGGAGGGGUUCAAUGGUGUGAUUGCUAGGUCUGUCUCUGCUGCUGCCGCUGAUGCGGCGACGAGGUUGGCAGAGUCAGAUAUAUCGGUGACGGCGGUAGAUGGACGACAUCACGCUGCCCUUUCCGCCUUUGCGAGUGAUGUACGCCGUCGGAUGAAUGUGCGCGAAAGACACGCGGAAACACUACUGCCCCCAGGGACCUUCGCCAAUCUAACUGACAACACAUCGAGUGCCUCCGAAAGCCGCCACCAAGUUUCUAUAUGGGAGCAGAAAGCGAGUAGCCGCCCAUUGAUCAGCAAGUACAUUCACAAACAAGAAGACUUCAAUCGAGCCACGCGAAGGCGUACGUACCAUACUCGUGCUUGUCAAUUGCAACAACAGGCUGCACUGGCUGGUUCCAGCGAGCCACCAUCACCAUUACUAACAACUUUCAACGGCAAGCGCUCGCAACAACAAACUUCUCUCUCACCUAAAAAGCGUGAGAGCCCCCGCGGAAUCCGUGCGCAACUCCACCGCUGGCAAGAAGAACAUGGCCACGAAUUACUCCUGCAGGAUCAAGCCGAUCUUCCAGACGAUCCAGAUACGGGCGAAACAGCUAACAAUCUCACCCGCCUUCCGGAUCCGGCGAAGGCGCUCAGACGGAGUCAGGCGGAGCAGGAAGAAGACGAGCGCGAGGCCAUGGCGCACUUCAUGCAAUCCACACCGCCCGAUGAGCAAGGUGCGCCCGAGACCCACGUCAAGUUCUUGCGGAUGGGAGACCUCGUUGAGCUUGAGCGGGUGCAUUCGGACAGUCCGGGGACAUUGGCUGUUUACGUCCGCUUAAUCGGGCAAGUAGCCCAGUUCAUAACCAUGCAUGGCAAGUGGAUACAUAUGCUGGAGAAGCAGGUGCAGUACAGCAUUCCUGGAUGGGUAUCUGAAGAUAUGGUGAAGCCAAUUAUACCCUAUCUUCCUAAACCGGAAGAGGUUCAGGCGGAUAUAGAAGCUCUGAUCGAGGAGGCGGGCAUGAAGGACAUGAGUGUGCCGAGACACGUCUCCGCGCCGCUGGUAAGCAAGAUGGUGCAGUUCGAUACAGAAGCCAAAGAAAUCUACCGCAAGCACGCGAGUACGCUUGACAAUGCCCACAACAUCUUAGCUCACGAAACCGACCUGCGUUACGGCAGUCUAGUCUCAGCCGCGACAACACUUCUUCGCACGUCAGCGGACCAGCUGCCCGUUACGGCCCUCUUCGCCGUCCGCCAAGCCCUUAGUCGUGCAGGUUUCGCGUUCAAUAUCGAUCGCCGCUCCCACCGUAUCACUGGCUAUUUGCAAAUCCGAUCGAAGGAGCAGUUCCGCAUGGUGGAGAGCGUGAGGAGUUGGUUGCAUGAAUGGCAAGACGACCUCGCCACCACGUCCACCAUGACCGAGCGUCAGAAGCGUGCUCACAGAACUAGACGGGGCGCCAGUUACGUCUAUUCCUUCCUUGCAAAAGCGAGGGAUAUUGUGCAGGAGAGUAGGAAGGAUAGGCAGCCUACGCCAUACGGAAAUGUGGGACCGAGUCAAAUUCGCUUGCCCAUUACGCCGGAGCAGGAUUGUGUGAAAGUGAGGAGCGAGCAAGUCUUCACGGAAGCGGAGACAGAGUUGGUACGGUUCGUGGAGGCGUGGUGCAUGAGUAAUAUGUUCCUCGGUCUGCCACGGCUGGAAGCGCUUCCGCCGCUGCUACUGCAGGCAUUGGGACUGUAUCCGGAUUAUGCCCUCAACCACAGCACGGGAACUACCUUUUUGCAAGAAAUCGGCACGAUCUUGCCGUAUGAGAACCGCGUGAGAUUUGACCCGCACUUGUUGCUGCCAUCCAGUCAGCAUAGCAAGCCGCUGCAGAAUCUGAUGCAGAGUCUGAUGGAUAUGAGUAAGAAGAAGGUGGAGUUCAGGGAUGCGAUGGAAGGGUUGAGACACGACUGGGGAGAUUUGCCGGUAUACUGUAUUGAUGCGGCGAGUGCGCACGAAAUCGAUGAUGGAAUCAGUAUUGAGCCUGCCGCUCUCUCUAAUAGAGGCUUUGGUGGAGAGGUUACUGAGUGGUGGGUUCGCAUUCACAUUGCCAACCCGACGGCCUUCUUUGCGAGAGACCACCCGUUGGCGAAGAUGGCGAGGCAUAUGGGCGAGAGUAUUUAUAUGCCCGAGCGCGCAUACAUGAUGUUGCCGCGGUGGACGACACAGGGGCACUUCUCUCUGGCCAAAAAUAGGCCUUGUCUUACUUUCUCCGCGAGGAUGGACGCAGACGGGCGGACGCUGGAGCGAGAUAUUCGGUCCGGAGUGAUUCGGAACGUCAUGCGACUGACGCCGGACGAGGUAGCGGAGUUACUGGAUGUUGAAGGGAAGCGAGGCAAGACUGGGGAAGAUGUUUUAUUGACCGUGGGGGGUGAGCCGCCGCCUGAACGACCGCGGAGAAGCCAGGUGGGUGAGGUCAAGGCGAAGCAGGUAAAGGAGCUGGAGACGUUGUUGAGGUUGGCGGAAAAACGGCAGGAGAUACGCAAGAAGGCCGGGGGACUUUUCUUCGACUUGCACGGGCCCGAGAUCAACGUGUGGCAGAGCGCACAACCCGGUCUGGCUUGGGACCACCCCUUCCGGAAGGGUUGGCGAAGGGUGGAAGGCGAUCCGGUUAUCCAGAUGCGUACAAGAGGGUUGACCAACUGGUUCGCGCCCGCCAAUAACGCGAUCGAUACGCUUGUGCGGGAGAUGAUGCUGCUCGCCUGCGAAGUCUCGGCGCAAUGGUGUGCGGAGCGGCAGAUCCCUGGUAUCUUCCGCGGUAGCGUGAAACGGCCUGGCAAGAUGGACAGUGACGUGUUCUUCCGCUCUGUGCUCGCUCCUGCGGCGGCAAAGCACGGAGGAGAGUAUCCAAUGCACUUGGGUGUCAAGUAUCUUGAGACGUUCGGGUCGACAGUGCUGAGUACGACGCCUUUCAAGCAUCGCAUUCUCGGCAUGAACCAUUACGGCAAAGUCACCAGUCCGCUACGCAGAUACGGAGACAUGAUUGCGCACUGGCAGAUCGAAGCGGCUCUUCGCGAAGAAGCGCGGCUAGGACGGUCUCUCAUCACACCCUCCCCCACCCCAGUCGACCCCGAGUCCCGCGGCUUCCUCCCCUUCUCCAACAACGUCCUCAGCACCAUCCUGGUCGGCCUCCAACCUCGCGAGUCCAUCAUAUCCAAAGCGAAACACUACGCCGAAGCCUUUUGGCUCUGCCAAUUACUGUUCCGUGCGCAUCACUUCGGCGAGGUAAGAUUGCCCUUUGAGAAGAUACACGUGUGGCUGAGCGCCGCGAAUGAUGCAAGCUGGUUUCAAUAUGUGAGCUGUGUGAUCGUGGAGUUGAAUGUGCAUGGAGUAUUGAGGAGGGAGAGGGGGUUGGAGAUGAAGUUGGGGGAUGUGUGGGAGGCGGAGAUUGAAGAGGUGGAUGUCUUCCGGAGGGUAACCAAGUUGAGGCCUGUGAGGGUGGUCGAGAGGCCGGAGAACUGAUGAGCAUGGGCUUAUAAGCCGGUGAUUGCUACAGGCGGAGUGGAGACGAGAUACAGUGUUGUAGGAUACUAGGCCGCAGCCAUGAACUAUAUUAGCACGUUGCCCAGAAGAGAGCGGUAAGGUAAAGUGCCUAGCGAUGAGUGCAUUCUAAGAGUGCCUGACGAUUGGUCUGGAUAGGUGCAGCCUUGGUGUGUCUAGAAAUAUGAGAAGCAUCAGGCGAGGGAUGAGUGAGAGUAUCAGAAACUAUUCAUUUAGCCGAAACGUGGCCGAGAUGCUCUUCGA